AUGGGGUUCUUCAGCACGCACGCCAGAGGGACCCAGGACCCUCCAGAGGUUCGCAACUGGAGGAUCCAUCUGAUCGCACUGGUGGCAUCGAUGUCCGCUUUGGCCAUGGGAUAUGACACCGCUGUUAUUGGUGGCACCAUGGCCCUUGACUCCUUCCGGCGCGACUACGGACUCGAUCAAGUCUCGACAAAGCAUCGUGACACCGUCCAGGGCAACAUUGUCUCGACCUUCCAGGCUGGAUGCUUCUGGGGCGCCUUCUCACUUUCCCAAUCGCUGAGAAGUUCGGCCGCCGAAAGACCAUCAUGA